AUGGCUAUUUCGCGGGUUCUGUUGUGUUUUGCUGCCUUUAUGAUUACGUACCUCCACAGCGUUGCACUGCCAAACUUCGAGCCGGUGAAGCCUUUCAACAUUUGCCCGAAAAGCGAUGACGGGCGUUGUCGAUUUAUGGCGAAUCUCUGCUCGAUGCCGGCGGUAGAUUCGGAUUGUCCGAUGACGUGUCAUAAAUGCGCGCCGCCGACGAUGGCCAUUCCAACAUAUGAUCCUUCAAACUGCGCAAAUCAACACGAGGCCUGCCCGACCUAUCACAAUUGGUGCUUCAUGGACAAGUACAAGGUGUUGUGCCCGCAUACGUGUGGCAUGUGC